GUCAAUGCAGGCAAGUAAACAGAGGCUGGACAAUGAAGUGUUCCAUCUUUUUUAAGCUGUUUCUCAUCUUGAGUCUGGACUGUGUGCGUGCAAAUGACAGAUUCUUCAUCUCAGCUCCCAGUGUGUUCCAUUUGGGGGUUAAAGAGAAAGUGUAUGUCCAGAUGGGAGGGUCUCUCUCCUCGACAGAUGUUGAACUCUACCUGGAGCAUGAGGACAGUGGCACGCUGAUGUCAGAGAAGAAAUCCCCUGUGGAUUCUCCUCAGGGUGGUCUGACCAAAACAGCUGAACUUAUGAUAGAUGUGGAAAAGAUGUUAAGAUUGCCCCCAUUCAAGUCUCAACAUCCCUACCUUCUGCUGGUGGUAGAAAGCAAAUCUUUCCCUGACAGGAGGGUAAUAAGAGUCCUGGUCUCAAAGCAUCGGGGCUAUAUCUUCAUUCAGACUCAUCAGCCAGCCUACAACCCAACACAGACAGUGGAGUACAGGAUUUUCACUCUUGACCAUACACUGAGACCUCAUGAAGAACAUUUCGAACUAUCAAUAUUUAAUGCUGCUGGAAACCGGAUAAUGAAGCAAAUGAACUUGGCAAUGGGAGGAAUAUAUAGUGGCAUACUCAAUAUACCUGAUGUCGCUGAGUUGGGUACAUGGAAGAUUGUAGCAAACUAUGAAAAUGAUGACAGAAAUGCCACUCGGGAGUUUAAAGUCCAGAAAUUUGUUUUACCAAGCUUUGAGGUGGUCAUCAGAAUGGAGGAAAGCUAUCUUCUGUUGAACAGCAAACAGCUCAGCUUCAACAUCGUUGCCAAGUACUCAUUUGGUAAGAACAUUAGAGGAGCCUACCACUGCCGAUUUGGAGUGGUAUUUCGGGAUUCGGAUGCCACCCAUAGAGGGAAGCCUGUCUUUAUCAGGGGAUUGGAAUUGGUCGACUCGAUCACAGAUGGAAAAGCAGAAGUCACUCUCAUCACAGCUAGGUUAAAUGAUCACCUGCGAAAUCAACUGGGGAAAACCCUAUCUGAUUUGGAGAAGUUUGGAGCAGAGCUUUAUAUUACCGUCUCUGUUGCUGAAAUACAAAGUGGUGAACUUCAGGAAGCUGAAGUGUCUAUCCCCAUCGCCGCUCAGGCUUACACCAUAGAUUUCUCUAGAACACGAUCCUUUUUCAUUCCUGGAGUUCCACUUGAUGUGGUGGUGGCUGUGCGUCUUCCAAAUGGUUCCCCAGCAUCUGAAAUUCCAGUGGAAAUCCGUGUCCCAUUAUCCGAGGAGAAAGUUGCUGAAGUCCAGACAAACCAGCAGGGGACAGUGUUUGCUCUCUUUAAUUUUCAUUCUACUGGAAAUUCCAUUGAAGUUAAAGUUAAUGUCAAAGGCCAGGAACAGAAAAAAGUUAUUCAACGUGCCUCAUCACCAAGUGGCAAAUAUUUGUAUAUCAAUUUUGCCAGCAAGGUUUAUACUGUGGGUGAGUCCCUGACCAUUCAAUACCACACUGUCAACAGUGAGCCAAAGAAGGGAUGCUAUCUUUACUAUAUGGUCUUAAGCCGUGGAGUCCUGGUAAAACAUGGUUCUCUUGAAUUUGGUAUCACAACCAGACACAGAGUGGAGAUAACUUCAGAUAUGGUGCCCUCCUUCCGUCUAAUCGCCUACUAUUACAGCCAGGAUGGUGACAUUAUUGCUGAUUCUGUGUGGGUGGAUGUCAAGGAUGAGUGUGAAAAGAAGAUUAGGGUAUCCACAAUGAAAAAUCAAUAUGACCCCGGAAAACAUGCUGAGAUCAAAUUGGACGUAGAUGGUCAGAAAGCCAAAGUGGCCUUGCUGGUGGUGGACAAGGCCAUGUACGCACUGCAUACCCAAAACAAACUAACAGCUGAGCAGGUGUUUUCCUCCAUGCAGUCAUAUGACCUUGGUUGCUCAUAUGUUGGAGGAUCUGAUACAGUGUCCACACUAAGUGGUGCGGGCCUGGCUUUUCUCUCUCACUCCCAGUCCACAACAUCAGUAGAGAGAAAAGGGUAUGGCUGUGAAUCACACGCUGCAAGGCGAAGACGAUCCUUGGACAUUCAACAAGCUCUGAUAAUGUUAAAAUCUAACUUUUCAAAGGGUGAGAUACAAGACUGCUGUGUCCGUGGCUACUCUCUUAUCCCUAUGAGGAAGACGUGUCAGGAAAGAGCUAAGAGGGUUUCUCAGGUGAACGCAGACCCUGCCUGUAUUGCGGCCUUCCUCCAAUGUUGCCACGAAGGAGAAAAGCUGCGAGAGAGAAAGAGAAAAGAGCAGUCCCAGGACGCAUUUGGGAGAACUGCCAGCGCAUCGGAAAUUGAAGAGUUCUUCUUUGACUCCACCACACAAUAUAUUCGACGAUAUUUCCCUCCAAGCUUUGAAUUUAAAAUAAUUGAUGUAAACAAUAUACACAGUCAUACAUUAUACCUGCCUGAUUCCAUCACCACCUGGGAGAUUCAAGCUGUGGCUGUAUCUGCAACACAUGGAUUUUGCGUAGCUGAACCUCAUGAGAUCAAAGCAUUCAAAGAGGUAUUUGUUUCUCUGAAACUGCCUUACACAGUUAAGAAAUAUGAGCAAAUAUCAAUUGCGCCUGUCAUCUACAACUAUGGAGAAAACGAGCAUGUACAGUUGGCUGUUCAUAUGGAGCAAACUGCAGGGCUUUGUUCGCCUGGCUCAGCCACUUCUACAACUUUUGUCAACAUUACUGUGGCAGCCCAGUCCUCCCAGCAUGUCACUUUCUCUGCUGUCCCCAUGGUAUCAGGUCCAGUCCUCAUUAAAAUACGUCUCUAUGGUAUAGAAAAUGAACGAGGAAUAGAUGCUAUCGAGAAGAUCUUGAAUGUUUGGACAGAGGGAAUACAGCAUAGGACAGAGGAAACUCUGGACGUUAGAAUGAAAGGGAGGAAUGAGGUGUUUUUCACCAUUGACGGAAAGCUGCCAGAUAGCAUCGUCCCCAACUCCAUCUCCAAUAUCUUUGCUAAAAUGGAAGGCAGUGGCUUUGGCAAGUCGAGUGCCUACACCCUUCUCUCUUCAGAAGGGGUUGAUGACUUGAUCAAGUUGCCUAGUGGAUGUGCCGAACAGACGAUGAAACUUAUGGCCCCCACCGCCCUUGCGCUCCGUUACCUUGAUAAGACUCGACGCUGGUUUGAGCUGCCCCCUGGCACCAGAGAUAAGGCUCUCCAGAAUACUGAGAAAGGUUAUGCUAGAAUGGUGAAUUUCCAAUACCCAGAUGGAUCUUAUGGCAUAUGGCCAUGGCAACAUAAGAAACCAAGUCACUGGCUGACUGGCCUUGUAGUGAAAGUGCUGUCCUUGGUUGCAGAAGGCCAGUCAGCCAACAGAGAGCAGCAGGGGAGGAGGGCAGUGGGUGUUUCUAAUGAAGCCAUCAGUCUUUCAGUGCACUAUUUGCUUUCAGUACAGCUUGGCAGUGGGGCAUUUAAUGACCCACAUCCCGUCAUAGACAGACAAAUGCAGGGAGGUGUCGGAGGCAAAGAGGUUGACGUGUCUAUGACUGCUUUCAUAACUUUAGCACUUCAGCACUCCCUCCAAUUUCUUGAUGAGGAAUUGAAGACUAACACAAAAGCAAGCAUUUCAAGAGCAACGACAUAUCUCCUCUCACACAUGGAAGAGCUGAAGGGGCCAUACACUGUUGCCAUCGCAGCCUACUGUCUCUCAGUCUGUCUGGCAGAAAAAGCACAGGCUUCACCUGCCUGGGAGAAACUCAAGACGUUGUCCACUGAAGUUGAAAGUGGGUGUCGUGUGUGGAGAGCCAAUCGUGAGGCACAGAAUGCAGGGAAGCUUCCAGCAGAUGCCAUCACAGUGGAGACUACGGCUUACGCUCUCCUCACUGCUGUACAACAUGAGGACUUCGAAUUGGCAGAGAAGGCAGCUUGCUGGUUAACCACACAGGAAAAUUAUGGAGGAGGCUUCAAGUCAACACAGGACACUAUUGUGACUUUGGAGGCUCUCGCUGAGUAUGAUCUAAAGAGACCCUCGGAACCCUUUACAAAAGUGGAAGCGACAUUCACUGUUCCAGGAAGGAGUAAGCUGAUUCAGAUGUCUUUAGAAAAUGAGAGAGAGAAGGUGGAAACAGAGCUUAAGAGGUUAAUAGGGAACAGCAUUACCGUGCAGCUAAGAGGAGAAGGGAAUAUCAAGUUAAAAGUUGUUAAGGCCUACCAUCUAUUGGAACCCAAGGACAGUUGUGAAAAAUUGUCUAUCAGAGUCACCGUGGAGGGGAAGGUGCAGUACACUGCCAAGGUUAUACAAAAUUACGAUUACUAUGAUGAAGACUACAGCAAUGAUGAAGCAAAAGAGGAGCGUGUACCACGCUCAGCGAUUGAAUGGUUUGAUGCUCGUAGUCGAAGCAGGAGACAUGCAGACCAUGGAACGAAUACAGAAAAUGAUGUCAACUACAAUGUCUGUGUCAGUCACAGCCUGAGGCAAAAUCUCUCAGGAAUGGCCAUCGCUGACAUUACACUCUUAAGUGGUUUUGAGGCUCAAAUUGAGGACCUGGAGCAGCUAAAACAACCAACAGAACAAUACAUUUCCCACUACGAGAUCUCUAAAGGAAGAGUACUGAUCUACUUCGAUAAGAUCGUAGAACAAGAACUAUGUAUUACUUUUGGGGCUAUACAGACAGUGAAAAUUGGCCUCCUGCAGCCUGCUCCGGCUUUGUUCUAUGAUUACUAUGAACCAAACCGAAAGUGUACUGUGUUCUACUCUGCCCCUGAAAGAAGCAAGAUGGUCUCCAAAUUGUGCUCAGGGGAUGUGUGCCAAUGUGCAGAGAGACCCUGCCAUAAAGAACAAAGUGUAUUUGCUAAAGCCAAAGAUCAAAAGCGCAUCAUGGAUAAACGUUCCCAGCAUGCCUGCUUCCUCCCCACUGUAGAUUACGCAUUCAUUGUUGAAGUUCUCAAUGUGUCUGUGAAGAGUAACUUCAAGCUUUAUACCACAAACGUAACUAAGGUUCUCAAAGCAUACAGAGAUGUAAAUGUGACAGACAAUUCUGUUCGAGUGUUUGCCAAGAGGCUUCAGUGCAAUGGGGAGUUGUUGACAGACAAACAAUAUCUCAUCAUGGGGAAAGACGGCUCCACAACUGACUCAAAUGGAGAGAUGCAGUAUCUCCUGGAAUCAAACACAUGGGUUGAACAAAAUCCUGGGGUAAAAUGUGGGACUGCCUACAGAAUGGCCUGCAAAAUGUUUCAUGCCUUUGUAUCUACCUUUCAGACACAAGGCUGUACUCAGUGAACACUCGCAAUUAUCUUUGGUAUCGUUUUAAUUUCUCAGCGCACUUAGUUCAAUAUAAUGCCGCCGUCAUGACCUUUGACAGCUGUUGCCAAAAGAUCAGACGUUGUUUAAUCCUGCUUCAAUGCAGCCUUAAAUGUUAUCAUUGUGAGAUGAAAGUGGAGAAAAUCCAUACCAAGUAACAACUGUAUAGAUUAGGCAGGCAAUGGCUGACUGUUCAAAAUGUGAGGCCAAUUUUAAUCAGCAACUUUUUGUUCAAUAAAAACAGUUUUAUUUUUCUCUU